GUGAAUAAUAAACUAUCUGAGGACAUGACUGUGUAUCGUAAUGGGAAAGCAGUUGAUGAUUUGCUUCAGAAUACUUGUGAGGCCCGUAACUAUCCGGAGAUAACCAACUUUGACUUCACAAUAGGUUCUCACACUUUACCGAAAGCGUCUUUUGAUGACAUCAUUGUUUGGUUAAAAUUGCUUUCCACGUCGGAGGUGGAAGAGUUGUUCAGUUACUACGAAGGCAGAGCCAAUCUUCACGUGAAUGUGAGUUUGGAAUUGACUGAUGAAGAAUUUAACCUCGAGUAUAGGAAUAUUACUUCUGAAAUUUUCAAGCACACAUCCACUUGGAUAGAGAGUCAGGUUAUGAGCCUCCAUCAGAACAAUUCGUUGUUAUCAGUGGAUAACUUUGUGUUUUGGAAUGUCACCAACGUGGCGGCGAACUUUACUAUCAGAUUCAAAGGAACUGAGUACAGAGAGAUAGAACCGCUCCAGACAAGCCUCGUGUCGCAAAGCAUGCUGGGUAAUCGACCCAUAAGAUUACUUUCCAAACUGACAGCUAAUGACAUUUACAUCCACUCGCUCCACGUAACAGCACAGAACAAAAGCUCGACUUCUCUGGCAGUGUCUUGGAAUUAUCCUGAACAAUUAAUUCAUGGCAUUUUUUGCGCGGUCGACAUCUCGUACCGUGUAAUUAACUCAGUAGAGAGACAGAUUGUCGGAGUUACGUCUGGGUCGACAGAAUUUGAGGUUAAAAACCUAAAGCCUUAUACUUUAUACGCCAUAACUGUCACGCCUUUUACUCACGAAGGAAAAGGAAAGGAAAGCGAUGAGGCGAUUGCAAGAACAUCCGAAGGUGUUCCAACCUCGCCACCGCUGAACGUGAAGGUCUUCGUCAACAAAUCUACCGAGAAGCUAGAAGUCUCAUGGGAGCCACUUCCUUCGGAGCACCGUCUCGGUAUUAUUCUAGGUUACAAAAUCACAUAUGUUCCACAAAGUGGUGGAAAUUCACGGGGCAUGGUGGUGAACACUUCCAGUCUCUCAACAGAACUACAAAACCUUCCGAAAGGGAUACCUUACGUGAUA